ACGAAGCAGGUCUUCUCAAUAAUGGAAGAGGGCAGGAGCUCAAAAAGUGGAAAUCAUGAUGCAAGAAAAUCUGCCCGUGUUGUCUGUGAAGAAAGCAAAAGUACAAGAGCUGCAACCAAUCAACAUUUUAAAACUAACAAACAUGAGAAAUCCAUAAAAGAAACUGGGAGAAGUUCUUCAGGUGGGAACAGUUUCAAAAAGAAUAAGCAGAAUGAUAAUUGUCCUGAAAAAUCAGGAGAAAAUAAAUCAUGUAAAACAAACAGUCGUAUUUCUGGAUUGAAGGACGCGGAAUCAAGUCUUCAGGAUCAAAGUCGAAGCAAAACAAAAAGAUUACCAAAUGUACCAGAAGGCACAGAAUGCCUGAAACAGUUAAGACUUCAACAUGUGGAUGAAAAACCUCCAAACUCCCAUAUUUUGCAGAAUGGUGCCAGCACAGUAACCUUAGCAACUAUGCAAAGUUCUGAGCUGGAAAAUCAACCAAGAGAGGAUUCAUCCAAAGUUAAUAUAAACUGGCCUAAUGAUUCAGGCGAAAAUAGUUUGGAUGUGAGACCAGUGGAACAGAUGUCUGAAGACUCCUGUGCAGCAAAGCAUUCUGAUUCUGCAAAAGAAACUAAUGCAGAGACUGCCUCUUUAGAAAACAUUGCUAUAAUUGAUGAAUCAACACUGAUGGCAGAACAGCAGCUAGGCUUGAAACAAGCCGAAGAACGACUGGAAAGGGAUUAUAUUAUCCGCUUGGAAAAACGUUCUCCAGAGUAUUCUAAUUGCCAGUACUUAUGCAGGCUCUGCAUAGUCCACAUUGAAAAUAUCCAAGGAGCUCACAAGCAUAUUAAAGAAAAACGGCAUAAAAAGAACAUAACGGAAAAGCAAGAAGAAAAUGAACUGCGUGCCCUCCCUCCCCCUUCCCUUGCACAAGUGUCUGCUUUGAGUAGUGUUCUGAUGGAGGCAGCAAAGGAACAAGGCAUAUCAGAUUAUGAUUUUAAAAUCCGCCAAGAAAUUGUAUGUGGCAUGGAGAAAAUAAUUCAGGAGCACCUGCCAGAAUGUUCAUUGAGGAUGUAUGGAUCCUGUCUAACUAGAUUUGCUUUCAAAACCAGUGAUAUUAAUAUUGAUAUCAAAUUUCCUUCUAUGAUGAGUCAUCCAGAUGUUCUGAUACAGGUGCUUGAGAUCUUAAAAAACAGUGAUUCUUACUCUGAUGUAGAAUCAGAUUUCCAUGCCAAAGUACCUGUUGUUUUUUGUAGAGAUAUUAACAGUGGCUUAAUCUGCAAAGUAAGUGCUGGGAAUGAUGUGGCCUGCCUUACAACUGAUUUGCUAGCUGCGCUUGGCAAACUAGAGCCAGUCCUUGUUCCAUUGGUGUUGGCUUUUCGUUACUGGGCUAGAUUGUGCCAUAUUGACUGCCAAGCAGAAGGUGGGAUCCCCUCCUAUUCCUUUGCCUUAAUGGUGAUAUUUUUCCUUCAGCAAAGAGAACCACGUAUACUACCAUCAUAUUUAGGCAGUUGGAUUGAAGGUUUUGACUCUAAGAAAGCUGAUGACUACCAGCUGAAAGGAAUAGUAGAUGAAAAGUUUGUAGUGUGGGAAUACAAACCAUUGCAUAAUGGUGUGGGGAAAAACAUGAAUGGUGUGGAAGGAAAAAAUAGAAGUGAACAGCACAGAAGUAAUAGCAAGAAUGCAGCAACCUUAGAAACAGACUCCCAAAACAAUCCAAAGGAGAAAUGUGGCAGAUCUCCUUUAGCAUUGGAAACACCACAGCAGAUAUCUUUAGGACAACUGUGGUUAGAACUGUUGAAGUUUUAUACACUGGAAUUUGCUUUGGAAGAAUAUGUGAUCAGCAUACGGGUACAAGAUCUUUUAACCAGAGAGAACAAAACUUGGCCUAAAAGACGAAUAGCCAUUGAAGAUCCUUUUGCACUAAAAAGAAAUGUUGCACGGAGCCUGAACAGCCAGAUGGUGUUCGAGUACAUCCUUGAGAGGUUCAGGACAGCAUACAAAUAUUUUGCAUGUCCACAGAAUAAAGAUGGAAGCAAGGCCAAACUGGAUACCAGGAAAAAGGAAAAGGGGAAAAUUGGAAGCAGAAAACCUGGAGAACCUAUAACCAAUUGUUGCCUUCUGCAGGAGGCCACUAUUACAGAGAAGCAGAACACAGGCCAUGCAUGUAAUAUUCAAGAGUGUGAGUUGAAUGCAUGUACUGAAACAGAAUCUACGUCCCGGAGAUAUACCUGUGAGAACCUGGAAAGCUUGCUAGCAAAGUCACCAGAAAUUGUAAACAUAAACUCUGAAGACAGGAGGGAAUCUGUAUCCCUUAUUACUAACGAAUGCUGUGAAUUAGAACAAAAUUCAGUUAAAACAAAGGAUGAUCAAGAGCCUUCAACUGGAGAGAAGCUAAAUGUCCAUUGUGUUUUUAGUGAACAUAGAUCCCAUGGCACAGAUUCUGUUAGAGAAUUAUCUGAUACUGAAAGUAAGAGUUCUGUAAUGGAGCAUCCACAACAGAGUAUGUGCUCAGGCACUGACACAUCAACUACCUCGCACAACUGCAAAGCAGUAGGAGAAACUCAAGACACUAAAGAAGAACCCACCAGAGAAGAUAUGCAUUAUGUGUUCGAUAAAUUUAUUUUAACUUCUGGAAAGCCUCCAACUAUAGUAUGCAGUAUCUGCAAAAGAGAUGGCCAUUCCAAAAAUGACUGCCCAGAAGAUUUUAAGAAAAUUGAUUUAAAACCACUACCACCAAUGACAAAUAGAUUUAGAGAAAUACUUGAUCUAGUAUGUAAAAAAUGUUUUGAUGAAUUGUCACCUCCUUUCUCAGAGCAACAAAAUCGAGAGCAGAUUUUGGCAAGUUUGGAAAGAUUUAUUCGAAAAGAAUAUAAUGAUAAGGCCAGGCUAUGUCUGUUUGGCUCUUCAAAGAAUGGGUUUGGAUUCCGUGACAGUGACCUGGAUAUUUGCAUGACAUUGGAGGGCCAUGAAAAUGCAGAGAAAUUAAAUUGUAAAGAAAUUAUUGAAAGUUUGGCAAAGGUUCUUAAAAAGCAUCCAGGUUUAAGAAACAUCCUGCCUAUAACUACAGCCAAAGUGCCUAUAGUAAAAUUUGAGCACAGAAGAAGUGGCUUAGAAGGAGAUAUCAGCUUAUACAAUACACUGGCACAGCAUAACACAAGAAUGCUUGCAACAUACGCAGCCAUUGAUCCAAGAGUGCAAUACUUAGGAUACACAAUGAAAGUUUUUGCAAAGCGCUGUGAUAUUGGAGAUGCAUCCAGAGGGAGUCUGUCUUCAUAUGCCUAUAUCCUUAUGGUGUUAUACUUCCUACAACAAAGAGAACCUCCAGUAAUUCCAGUUCUUCAAGAGAUAUUUGAUGGACAACAGAUCCCUCAAAUAAUGGUUGAUGGUUGGAAUGCAUUCUUCUUUGAUGAUACGGAAGAACUGAAAAAACGUUUGCCUUCUCUUGGGAAAAACACAGAAUCACUGGGAGAACUCUGGUUAGGGUUACUGCGAUUUUACACUGAAGAGUUUGACUUCAAGGAGUAUGUCAUCAGCAUUCGGCAGAAGAAGUUGUUAACCACAUUUGAGAAACAGUGGACAUCUAAAUGCAUUGCUAUUGAAGAUCCUUUUGACUUGAAUCACAACCUGGGUGCAGGAGUUUCCAGAAAAAUGACUAAUUUCAUAAUGAAGGCAUUAAUCAAUGGGAGAAAACUCUUUGGUACCCCCUUCUAUCCUGUUUUGGGAAGAGAAGCUGAGUACUUUUUCAACUCUAAAGUACUGACUGAUGGCGAGCUGGCACCCAAUGACAGAUGUUGUCGUGUCUGUGGCAAAAUUGGUCACUAUAUGAAGGACUGCCCCAAAAGGAGGAGGUUAAAGAAAAAGGAGAAUGAAAGAGAUGAUGAAAAGGAAGUCAAGGAAGAAGACAGAGAAGCUAGAGAAAAGAGGUGUUUUAUCUGUGGUGAUGUGGGACAUGUUCGAAGAGAUUGUCCUGAAUUCAAACAGACAAGACAAAGAAGCAAUGGUGUUCAAGCUGUUCAGAUAGUCCGAACCCUUGUUAACUCACAGCAAGUAUCUGGGCCAGUUCAGCAGCAAGUGGAAAGACCCUUACGCACUAGACAGCCAUCAGAAAGUUCUGAUUCGCGUCAGUCAUCUUAUUCUCCACAGCCUCAGCAGUUUUCCCAGAAUUCCUCUCCACCAACUUCCAUUAACCAGACUCAGCCACAGUCAAUAUCCCAGUCUAAGCAUGCUGUGCAGCCCCAGCAAGGGGCACAACCACCCCACACCGUCCAGCUGCCUUUAUUUAACUUUGCCCAAUCCCCCCCAGGUCAGUAUUCCACCUUGCCUAACCUGGGACUAUUUCAGAUGCACCCCCACCAAAUUCAACUUCCUAACACCUCGUGGCCUGUUAUUCACUCUGCACCGGGUAAUCCUUCUCAUGCUACAAACGUUCCAUUUUCUGUGAGGGCUGGCAGCAGCAACCCACCCAGUAACCAGAGCAGCAUAAGCUUGAAUGAUCCUAGUAUCAUCUUUGCACAGCCUGCUGCCAGGCCGGUAGGAAUCCCCAGCAAUUCUCACGAGGGACAUUGGCACAGCCCUGUGACUCUAAGCUCACUGGUGAACAAUGGCACGGUUGGGAAUUCAGAUCAGGGCUUCCAAGGACAGUUUGGUAAAACAAACCCACCUCCGCCUCCUCCCGUUCCUUGGGACCAUGGAGCCCCUGCCCAUUUUCCUCUUCUUCGAGGGACGUGGCCUUAUAAUAUGUCUACAAACUACAUGCAACAGGGAAAUGCCAGCUAUCCAUUGAACAAACCCUUCUAUCCUCAAGCUGGCUUGCUGAUGCAGAAUAACCAGCAGUUUUCACUUCUGUCUCAAGGACAUCCACAUGUGAACAUGAACUUUAUUCAGCAGAAGAAAUGAAAUUUGAUUAAGGGGAUGAAAAGAAAUCAGGUUCUGGAUUAAAAUCUUACUGCAAAAUGUUUAGAUAAGAGAUUAUUUAAAACUGUUUUUAACUGUAUAAUUUGUAUAUAGAUAUAUAGUUUUUACCAGUAUCACACAAACAAGUGAUAUAAAUAUCAUCUAUUUUAUUACCCUAUUUUUAAGGGGAACUGUGUUUUAUCUUGAUAAACUGUAAAGAGAGUUUUAAAAAUUAAGUUGUUUAUUUUCUAUUAGCUUUAUUCAUACUUUGGUUCAGACUUUAUAUCAAAUGUUCUAAAAAGAAACUAGAAAGAAAUUUCAAGUGUUAAGGAUUGUCAUUUCUUUAUAGAACAAUGUAGUGCCAAAACAUUUUUAAAAGAAAAAAAAAUAAAAUUGCAAAAUUAGAAAUCA